GGAAGUUCCUUCUCUUCUCCGCCCCGCCGGCCGCGGGCGAGCGGGACGUCAUCGCUGCCAGCGUGGAAACGGCGGCGGAGCUCGGGAGGCGGAAGUAGUGCCCGGGAUCGCCGGGCCUCCGUCGGGCUCCACCGGCCGCCUUAGCCAUGGACGCGCCCCUGGAGAAGAUAGCAGACCCUACACUAGCUGAAAUGGGAAAAAACUUGAAGGAGGCCAUGAAGAUGCUAGAGGACAGUCAGAGAAGAACAGAGGAGGAAAAUGGAAAGAAGCUCCUAUCAGGGGAUAUUCCAGGGCCACUGCAAGGCAGUGGACAGGACAUGGUGAGCAUCCUCCAGUUAGUUCAGAAUCUGAUGCACGGAGAUGAAGAUGAGGAGCCCCAGAGUACCCGAAUCCAGAAUAUUGGAGAACAAGGUCAUAUAGCUUUGUUGGGGCACAGUCUGGGAGCUUACAUUUCAACUCUGGACAAAGAGAAGCUGAGAAAACUUACAACUAGGAUACUUUCAGACACUACCUUAUGGCUAUGCAGAAUUUUCAGGUAUGAAAAUGGCUGUGCUUAUUUCCACGAAGAAGAAAGAGAAGGACUUGCAAAGAUCUGUAGGCUUGCCAUUCAUUCCCGUUAUGAAGACUUUGUGGUGGAUGGGUUCAAUGUGUUAUAUAACAAGACGCCUGUUAUAUAUCUAAGUGCUGCUGCUAGGCCUGGCCUGGGCCAGUACCUCUGUAAUCAGGUAAUGCGGCAUAAGGUGGAUAUUUUAAAGAAACGAUGUUUUGUUCUGUCCUGGAAGUUUUUCUUUAGCUGCUGUUUUUUUCAAGUGAAAAGAAAGCUUGGCUUGCCCUUCCCCUGCUUGUGUCGUGUACCCUGUAACACUAUGUUUGGAUCCCAGCAUCAGAUGGACGUUGCCUUCCUGGAGAAACUGAUUAAAGAUGACAUAGAACGAGGAAAACUGCCCCUGUUGCUUGUUGCAAAUGCUGGAACUGCAGCAGUAGGGCACACAGAUAAGAUUGGGCGUUUGAAAGAGCUCUGUGAGCAGUACGGCAUAUGGCUCCACGUGAAAGGUGUGAAUCUGGCAACAUUGGCUCUAGGUUAUGUCUCCUCAUCAGUGCUGGCUGCAACCAAAUGUGACAGCAUGACGUUGACUCCAGGCCCAUGGCUGGGUUUGCCAGCAGUUCCUGCUGUGACGCUUUAUAAGCACGACGAUCCUGCCUUGACUUUAGUUGCCGGUCUUACAUCAAAUAAGCCAACAGACAAGCUCCGUGCUCUGCCACUGUGGUUGUCUUUACAAUACUUGGGACUUGAUGGGAUUGUGGAGAGGAUUAAGCAUGCCUGUCAGCUGAGUCAGCGAUUGCAAGAAAGUUUGAAGAAAGUGAACCACGUCAAAAUCUUGGUGGAGGAUGAGCUCAGUUCGCCAGUGGUGGUGUUCAGAUUUUUCCAGGAGUUACCAGGCUCAGAUCCAGGACUUAAUGCCAUCCCAGCGCCCAACAUGGCCCCGUCAGCAGUCAGCCAGGAGAGGCACUCCUGCGACUCACUGAACCGCUGGCUGGGAGAACAGCUGAAGCAGCUGGUGCCCGCGAGUGGCCUCACGGUCAUGGAUCUGGAGGUGGAGGGCACGUGCGUGCGGUUCAGCCCCCUGACUACCGCGGCAGUUUUAGGAACUCGGGGAGAGGAUGUGGAUCAGCUCGUAGCCUGCAUCCAGAGCCAGCUGCCAGUCCUGACCUGUACGCUACAGCUGCGAGAGGAGUUCAAGCAGGAGGUGAUGGGAACAGCAGGUCUCUUAUACGUUGAUGACCCAAACUGGCCUGGAAUAGGGGUUGUCAGGUAUGAACACGCUAAUGAUGAUAAGAGCAGUUUGAAAUCGGAUCCAGAAGGGGAAAAAAUCCAUGCUGGACUCCUGAAAAAGUUAAAUGAACUGGAAUCUGACCUCACAUUUAAAAUGGGCCCUGAGUAUAAAAGCAUGAAGAGCUGUAUUUACAUUGGCAUGGCAAGUGACGACAUAGAUGUUUCUGAACUAGUGGAGACCAUUGCAGUCACAGCCCGAGAAAUCGAGGAAAACUCCAGGCUUCUGGAAAACAUGACAGAAGUGGUUCGGAAAGGAAUUCAGGAAGCUCAGGUUCAACUGCAGAAGGCAAAUGAGGAGCGACUUCUGGAAGAGGGGGUGUUACGGCAAAUCCCCGUGGUAGGAUCCGUGCUGAAUUGGUUUUCUCCAGUACAGGCUUCACAAAAGGGAAGAACUUUUAACCUAACGGCAGGCUCCCUGGAGUCCACGGAACACACAUACGUGUACAAAGUACAAGGCUCGGGAGUAACACCGCCUCAGACCCCCUCAGGCGCUCGCACUAAACAGAGACUUCCAGGCCAGAAGCCUUUUAAAAGGUCCCUAAGAGGUUCAGAUGCUGUGAGCGAGACCAGCUCAGUCAGUCACAUCGAGGACUUAGAGAAGAUCGAGCACCUGUCGGGUGGGCAAGAUGCCUCGGAAGCUAACAGCCCUGAGCGGCACCCAGGGGUGCCCAACUCUCCAGAAGCCGAGCAGACGGGGGCCCUCCAGGACAGGGCCCAGCGCCUGGAAGAUGACUGCCCACAGAUGAGGAAACCAAGGUCCACAGAUUUAAGAUUUACCCAACCUGUAAAUUCUCACCUCUAGUAUUUGCUUAUCAUCUUGCUGCAACCAGAAAUCCACAUGGGGAAAUGGCAUCCAGGAAUAUGGUCCUAUACGAAGUUGUUCUGUCUCUGCAUCGUAAAUACUAAUCAUCUAAAAAAGAACGUUUCAAGGAUAGAAUUUAAGGAAUGUUAUCAGCUUAAACCCUACCUUUAAUGCAAGCUCCAGUGUAGUCCUGAAAUUAAGGCAUUUGUCUGGAUGAUAAGCUUCUUUCAAUUUUUGUCUCAUAAGUAACAGAAGCUGCUACUUACUGAAUACUUUCCACCUCUCUGGUACUACACUUUGUGGGAAACAGACAUUACUUUGUUUAGUUCUGACAACAGUCCUGCAGGAAGAUGGCAUUUUUCCCAUUUUGGUUGGAAACCCGAGGCUCAGAGAGACGGGCCCAUUGCCCAUGGUCACAUGUCCAUAAGAGUUAGGGCCAGGCCCAGACCCAGGUGUGUCUGACUGAAGUCCACACUCCUCAAUGCUACAUGAAACACUGCCUCAUUAUUCACACCCCGAGUAACCUUGAAACUUAAAAGUACACAUGCCAUUGCCCCAUCAGAAGAAGGGGAAAACCAAUUUGUAAAAAUGUUAAUUUGCCAAAUGAUCAAUUCCCUGAAUUCUCAAAUGUGCCAAUGGUAGUUUUCAGCUUCACCAGCAAUGUUCAAUUAUGGUUACUGAGACUGAAAUAUGUCCUGAAUCUUAGCUAAAUCAAGGCUGUUAUGCUACUUGAGAGGCUGCAAAAGGAACCCUAACAAUGUCAAAGGGUUGGCAGAACAGACCAUUGAAUCCAGACAUUUCCAAUGAAAGUGGCAGUAUUUCAUAAGUGAGCAGAUUUCUUUUGGGUGCUCUGAAUGCGAUUUCUAUUUUUUUCACUUUAAGCAUUUUAAAAGGAUUCUUUCACCCAUUCCUCAAUGUGUAAGUCUUAGGUUUUUAUUUUUCUAACUUUUAAAAUGAAGGUGUUACUUAAUUAAAAAGCACCCUAAAGCAA